UCUGUCUUCAAGGCUCAUGAGAUCUUCUAAAUGCUAUUUUUUUGGCGCAUUGCUUACCAUAUUAGUAAGGGAUGUUGCCGGAUAAACUAGCAUUCAAGUGGAGUAGAGGCCAUGUUUUACUUAUAUCACCUUUAUCUGAAUCACCAAGUGAUGGAAGAGGAGAUAGUACAACUAUGAAGUUGCACACCACGAAAUCUAUCAUAUCUCAAACAGUAACCAGCGAUAGGCCAGUCAUGAAGACUGCUCAAAGCAUGGAUUAUUCCUCAGCUGCACCCGAAGUUUGUUCUUUCUUCAACCCUCCACACACUCGCCGAGUUGCUCCACUCUACAGUGAGUUGACAAACAGCGUUUCUCUCGUAAAAUCCAGCCUUCCCUGGAAUCUUUCAUUUGAUGAGUUCGAGGAGUGCAAAUCUGAAGCACCAAAUGAAGACGGCGUGUUCGCAGAUCAUCCGACCAAGGAAACAUCUGAACAGGAUGUCAGGUUCCCUACCGCAGCCGGAAAAGGUCUGACGGUGUUUGUGUGGGACAUGGACGAAACCCUGAUAAUCUUUCAAACCCUCCUCGACGGACGAUACGUGGGGCUGUUCGAUGGUUACAAGGACUGCCAAAAGGCUACUCACCUUGGCCGCCGUUGGGAGCAGCUUAUCUUGGAAGUGUGUGACGAGUAUUUCUUCUAUCAGCAGGUGGAGGAACACGAUUAUCCAAACUUGAAUUCGUUGCAAGAAUAUGAUGAUGGGAUUGAUCUUGAUGACUAUAAGUUUGGAGAAAUUAGCUUGACGUCGCCACUAGGUGCUGAAAACUUGCGAAAAUUAAGAUACUUACAUCGGUAUAUCAUCCAACGAUACGAGCAGGGCCUGGAAACCCUUCUGAGUCCAGAACAAGCCAAGAAAUGGAAUGGCAUUUAUGAAGAGACAGAUAAAUAUACUGAUAGUUGGCUUUCUUCUGGUAAUCCUGUCAUACGAGAGCACGGCUCCUUUACCAGCAGCUGACGAAAGGGACCGAGAAUCAUGGUCUUAUAACUGUGACAUUUGCCGAGUUAUCCUACUGAACAGUGUAAAUUCAAGUCUAUUUCUUGCUGAGAUAUUUUGGAUGGUGGUGGGCACCAGGAAGGCAGAAUGUCCGAUCAAUUACCUUGAGGGAUAGAAGCUCUAAGAGUGCUACUGAGCUAGUCGUAGUUCCUUCCUAUUCGUACAAUUACUUGGUCACAUCCGGGACCCUCAUUCGAAGUCUUGUGAAAUGUUUGCUCUUCAAGCUCAAUCCUUAUUUCCGCUCAAACAGUGAGCCCACACCCCUUGCACUAGUCAAUGAGUAACAACUCAGGAAGAGAUCAAACAAGACAGAAAAAAACUAGCAUGAUUGAAACACGAUGUGUGAUUCCCUGCCCUGGUAACUACCUUGUGAGCGAUUAAGGAGAAUGAUCACAAUCUGACACUACUUGAUGGUGCAGUUUUCAGAUAAAGAGAGGUGGGGAAAUUGCAGUGCUUCCGAUGGAUUCGUGAACGCAAACAAGACAGUGACGGAUCUGCAUGGUUUUGUGUCAUUGGCGAUGGGCCUGAUGAAAAGGAAGCUGCUCGAGUUCUUGCUUGGCCUUUCGUGAAAGUAAGCAUCGACCCAAGCGUUUACGAGCAGCAGCUACCUCGGCUAUCGUUCAAGACCAUUCAGAAGGACAUAAAGGCCGUGUACAGAGAUUCUGACUCUGCAUAAUGAAGCAGCUACAUAUUCUGUAAGUUGUUGCAAUAGCUAGACUUGUAGACCAUAUUUUGCACGAAUCACUACUUAUAAACAUCCCAUGAUUUCACAUCA